AUGGCAAUGAAGUGGGGGCAGGGCACCUAGGGCAUGGAGCAGGACUAUGGAAGUUACCAGGAAGGUGGGGGGCCCUGAUCCAUCGGGCCCCCAGGGCCACCCCUCACCCAGCAGCCAGCGGCUGGGGGGUGGCGUCAGAGGGUCCCAGGGACAAUGGAUAAACUCAGGAUCCAUAUACUUCAGGCAGGGGUUGUCAUUGUCCACCGAGGCCAUCAUCGAUGGGGCCUGUGGCCCAGCCGCCCAAGCCCACGCCCCUGAGCCCAUUCACCAGCUACUCCGGGACCCUGCUGAGGUUAGCUCCCACUGUGGCUGUGAGUGGGCUUCCCAGGAUGCCCUGAGACUCUCCUCCACUAGCCCGUUUCCAAGCCCCAUCGUGGGAGCCCAAAUGCAUCUCGUCAUGGAGAACGGGACCCUGGCCCUACCCGUGCGCACGCGCAGAGACAGCACCAGUGACGUGGCCCAGCACCGACCCUGCCGCUCCCGGUUUCAGGUGCAGGUUGAGGGGGAAGGCAAGGCUCCAGCUAAAGUCCUGGUAGGCUGGGGCAAAGGCCCUUGCAGCCCUGACCAGGCAGCCCCCUCGGGCAUCAGGAAGAGCUGGUGGCUACCGUAUUUCCUUUCAGGGGAGGAUGGCUCAGCUGCAGCCCAAGGUCCUCUUCUGGCUACAGCCCAAGAUCAGGGCCAGGGCAAGUGCCGGUGUCUGGCUCAGGCUCCUCCAACAACUCCAGCUCAAGCAAACACUCCAGCUCUGUAUACAACCCCAAUGCCAGUGGCAGUUGAACCUUACACCUGCAACCUCGACCACCUGACUGAUACUAUUGCCACUACCAAGGGCGUGUCCCAAGACCUCCUGCUCAGGAAGUGUGGCAACCGACGGUCAAUCCUCUUGGAGUCUUCUAAAGUGGUCACAUCCUGCCAGGACAAAGUGAAUUUCCAUUCUCAGGAGGAGCCUCCCACUCCAGCACCCACUCUAAAAGAGUCCCCAGACCAUGCCCAGAAGCUCGAGGUUGCCAGAAGACAGGUGUUACCCAAGCAGCCCGAGAACCCAGUGGGGAAGCCCCUGGUCUCUACCUCCAGGCCAGGCAGCCCAACACCAGGCUCAGGACCUCUGGGCACCCUCAAGUCCCAGAGGAGUAGCCAGGAGAUCUGCAGCUCUCGGCCAGACCAGCAGCCCCUCAACGUUUGCAACAACACCUGCUCCAAUGUGCCACUCUCUGCCCACCAAGUAACCUGCCACAAGGAGUCCCCAGUCCUGUCUCUCAGGGAAGCCACGCAGAUUCCCACCUCCAGUGCCCCUACCUGCCAGCUCCAGGACACUGUGGAAGACCGUGUGCUGGUAUUUGAUAUGGCCACGGGCAAUACCAGGAUGGGGCUGCUGUGCCAUGACCCCAUGGGAUCACGGGCAGUGCUGGUGGGCCUCAUGUCCAGCCACCCACCCAUCUAUGUCCCUGAAAAUAUGCUGUCCACCCAAUUGUUGGCCAUACCCAUCCUCUCCCCUGACAAUAAUCGCUCCAGCUUCUGGUCCACUUCACCCAUGCUGUCCAGCCCUGUGCCUUCUAGCCUGUCAUCUGGCAGCUACCGAGAUGUAGCCCUGGUUCCCAAGGAGGCCAGGCUCAACCUGGAGUCACUGGACUCCCCUGGUACUGAGACACCCAUCAGGGUGGGGUUGCUUACUGGGCCCAUUCCACUGGGGAUGCCGCUCCAAUUUGGUGAGAGGAUACUGAGCCAUGUCCAUGAUCCUGGCUGGUCGAAACCUGAUGCUGAAAAAAAUGAAGCUAGUCGCACCAUCUGGACGCUAGAUGCCUCCAGGAUGCAGGAUACCUCUAUGGUCCAGGCCAAGAAACUGCAAUGGAUGAACUCAGAGCAGACCCCAGAGCCUGCUCCACCAGCCAAAACCCAGGAGGAGCCCAGAUCCCUGCUCCAGGACGAUAUAGGCAGCCACAGCCGGAAAGAGGUCAUUACCGCUCAACCUGCCAACUCUCAGGCCGAAGGUGCUGGGCAGGCUCCCCUCAGUGGUCGGCCCCCACUAGUAGAGCAGCAUCCCCUCGCUGGACAGCUCUCUCCAGCUGGUCAGCCUCCCUCUGUUGAGCAGUGCUCCCUCACCAGGCAGCCCUCCCUUCCUGGUGGGCCCCCUAUCACUGAGACCCCUCUUGCCAGGCAGCUUUCUCUCACUGGGCAACCUCCCUUUUCCCAAGAACCCCCUAUCUCUAAAAAGCCCACCCUUUCAAGAGGGCCCUCCACCACCAGGGAGCCUGGCCAGUCCUCUACACUGUGCCAAGAAGGUGAGACCUUGGGCCUGCCUACCCAUGUAGGGGUACUUCAGGUGCCCCUGUCCCCUGAGGAGACCUGUGUCUAUGUGAGCAGAGAAAAAGUUAGCAUCGGUGCCACUCAAAGCUCCAGCACGCAUCAGCUCUCAUCCUGGCAACCUGGCAGCUCCCCCAGGGCCCAGGAGGAGCAGCUUUCCCCGAUCACAUUCACCACAACUGGCACUGGCUGCAAGGUCUUGCCCAUGGCCAUGGUGGGCACUGAGCCCCAAGGUCCCCAGUUCAAGCUGACAGCUGAGGACGUUACACAGUCGUCAGUGGUCGCACACCUUGGCCUGUUACACGGGGCCUGCUAUGAGCUGGUGUCCACCACAGAUGCUCUGCCAGUACGGUCCCCAGUGCUCUGCCGCCACUCAUUGGGCCCCUACCAGGACAUGGCGGCCGUGGUGAUCGACACAGGCACAGGCUUCACCAAAUGUGGACUGGCUGGAGAGGACCACAUCCUCAGUGUGGUGCCCUCACGUGUCCAGCUGCUGCAGCACCCAGUCCAGGGUCAGCCCAGGUAUGCAGUGCCCAAGAACCGAGAGGGCUCCUACUCGGUGCUUAAUCGAGGAGUGGUCUCCGACUGGGAUGCACUAGAGGUGCUAUGGCAGCACCUGUUCCAUUGCAGGCUAGGCGUACAGCCUGAGGAGCUGGCUGUGCUUGUGGCUGACUCACCCAUCUCACCACGCACCAACCGAGAAAAGGUGGCUGAAAUACUCUUCGAGCGUUUCCAUGUGCCAGCCAUGCAGACAGUGCAUCAGGCCCUGCUGGCGCUCUAUGCUUAUGGGCGCACCACUGGGCUGGUCCUGGGCAGUGGCCAUGGCACCUCCUACGUGGCGCCCAUCCUCACUGGGGAUCUGGCCCCACUUGACACCUACCGGCUUGAUGUGGCCGGUGCUGACCUCACUGAAUACCUAGCUCAGCUAUUGCUGGCAGGUGGCCACUCACCGCCCAAGGCAGUGCUGGUCAACCAGAUUAAAGAGGCCUGCUGCUACGUGGCCAUGGAUAUGACAGCUGAGAUGGCCCGCACUCAGGCCCAGGCCCGGGUGGAAUUCGUGCUUCCAGACAAGCAGGUCAUCUCGCUGGGCUCUGAGCGCUUCUGCUGCCCUGAGGCCCUCUUCCAGCCGGAUCUGCUAGGCCUCAACCAGCAGGGCCUCCCACAACUAGCCCUCCAAAGCAUCAGCCGGCUGGAGGCCAAGCAGCAGGAGCAGCUGCUGGCCAAUGUGGUGCUGGACGGUGGCAGCACCCUGGUAAGUGGCUUUCCUGAGCGCCUGAGACAGGAGCUGGGCCCCUGUGCCACUGUGCUGGGCUCUCCCCACCGUGCUGUUGCCGCUUGGCUGGGAGGCUCCAUCAUGGCGUCCCGGGACUCCUUCCAGAGCCUGUGGCUCAGCCGCCGUGAGUACGAGGAGGAGGGCCCAUGGGCCAUCUACAAAUACCAUCUGUGA